GUAUAGAGGAUCUUGACGUAUAGAGCAUCUUGACGUAUAGAGCAUCUUGACGUAUAGAAGAUCUUUGAUUUGCGUAUUUUGCAGCAGGUUCUUAAAAACAGCCAAGAGCGUCCGCCUUGACUUACUGUAGAGUUUGAUUGCCUAAAAACUGUAGAGUGCCUCUUGACAUAAAGAGGAUCUUUGAGUCAUUUUUUUAAAGUAGGUAUUGAAAAAAAAGAACAGCCGCUUCUGUCAUAUAGAGCAUCUUUGACUAGCGUUUUUGCAAUAGGUCUUUCAAAACAGCAAAGUGCGUCCGUGUUAACUUCUAGAAGAUCUUGUGUUGCACUUUCUCAAAUGCUUUAAUUGAACCCGUUCUGUUACUCCUUGGUCAUUCCAAAAAUCCCUCACAGUGUAUUUUGUCAGCGUGAGCUCGUGUGCUGACGGACGCUUUGAAUGUACGACCGGACAACGUCUUCCCCCCAGACCGGAGUUCCAUUCGAAGGAAGACUGCCAGAACGCGUCUGACGAGGUUUUUUGCGGUUCUUGUAGUUUCGAGCAUCACUCGUGUGGUUGGAACAGCAGCAGCAGCAGCGACUACACGUGGAGGCGAGAGUGGGCAAAUGUCACCUCGCUACCUGGACAUGACCACACCACAGGGAGUCCAUGGGGACAUGUCAUGUUUUUGGAUGGAAAACAAGGCUGUUCUCUCACGGCAGAUGCCGUUUUGGAAUAUUUUGUGGACACAAGGGCUGCUGUGGGAUGUCAGAUGAGCUUCUGGUAUCAUAUUCAUGAAGAAAACUCAGCAACGUCGUCCUCGUCCAUCCGUGUGAACCUGGUUAGAGGGACGGCGACCGAGACCAAACUGCUGAAAACUCCAGCGAGUUCGGCAGACGAGUGGCAGAAUGCCCGAACCGUCAUUGGGAAUCGUCCCGCCAAGUACAAGCUCCAGUUUGCAUUCAGUUGUCCAUUUUUGAAACCCACGGACGUGAUGCUGGAUGACAUCAGUUUUGAGAAGUGUGCGGAGGGAGACAUACCUGCAGGACCACAGCAGCUGUCCUGUGAUUUUGAGGAGGACACGUGUUCCUGGUACCACGACUACACCGCCAGCAUGCUUUGGGAGCGGAAAACAGGGGGUUUCCAACAUCACCCCGAGGGCAAUGGCUAUUACAUGCUCAUAUCGAGCAAAAGUGGUCUCAACAUCUCGUCCAGAGCGAGGCUCGUGGGCUUCACUGUGGGUCCAGUCAUAUGCGUCAGCUUCCACUACCACAUUUUUGGCAACAGCAUUGGUUCAUUAAAGUUCAUUGUAAAGUACUCGGGUGAAGCAGAGACUAUUGUGUGGAUGAGGAGUGGCACUCAGGGAAACAAAUGGAGAUUUGCGGAUCUAACCUUCACCAGUGACACACCAAUACAGUUCAUCAUAGAAGCUGUGGUGGGUGGAAAGCAAGGCACUAUUUGCAUAGACGACCUUGUGGUGUCCAACAGUGGUGGCUCCUGUCCAGCGGAGCGGGAGUGCACCUUCCAAGGAUCACUCUGCGGUCUGCAGCCGGUUCCGUCCGCAGACUACAGCUGGCAGCGGGCGACAGGCGCAUCUCGACCCGCCAACUCCUCCGGCCCUGGCACGGAUCACACCCUGGAAACAGACCAUGGUUAUUACCUGAGCGCUGAGUUGUGGCGACACCGGCCAGGGUCCAGAGUUAAAAUAGCGACGGGACUGAUGGAGCCCACCCCGCCUCACGGUGAAUGCUUGAUGUUCUGGUUCUACAUGGAGGGAAGAGCUGUGGGUGAGCUCAAUGUGCACCUUCAAGCUGCUGGCGCCCCCGUCCGGCUGUGGAGCAGGAGCGGAGAUCAGGGGAGCCACUGGAGGCACGGCAGAGUGUCACUCCUGAACCCCGAUUCCUCAUAUCAGGUGGUUUUUGAAGCGGUGACAGGGGAGGGUCCAAGGAGAGAUAUCGCCAUUGAUGACCUGACUGUUCUUAAUGGAGUGUGUCCUCCAGAAGGUUUUUGUGACUUUGAAAUAGAUUUAUGCGGGUGGGUGAACAACCGUCCAGCCGAUUCCGGGAUAGACUGGGACUGGCUUUCUGGGAAGAGCGAAGGCAGCCUUGUCCCAGAAAGGGACCACUCUACCAUGUCCUCUCUUGGCCACUUUGUUUUCUACAGGUUGUCUGGGUCUGACAGAGGCCAAAAAGCUCAGCUCGAGAGUGAGUCCAUGGAGGCUGUGGAACAAGCUUGUCUGGAGUUCUGGCACUACGCUAAUGGGUGGACGUCGAACAAACCUUCAGACAUCACGUUGACGGUAUUUGUCAACGAGACCUCCGGGCUGCGUCCCAUUUGGAGCAUGAAUGGAUAUCUCAAUAACACCUGGAUCCAGAGCAAGGUUGACUACAGUGCAUCAGGGCCUCACCAGAUUAUCCUGCAAGCCAACAAUACAGUCUCCAGUAUAUCGGAUUCAAGUUUUUCCCUCGAUGAUGUUCACAUUAUAAGAAACAAGUCUUGUUUGGAUACAAUCCCGACCACCACCCCAAACCCUGCCACCACCACCACCACCACCACUCCUCCGAACCCUGGCAUGCACUGCACUUUUGAACAAGAUCUGUGCAACUGGGUCCAGGAGGUUGAUGAUGAUUUUAACUGGACACUGAGUCGAGGACUUCAAGUGGACGAGCUUUGGAACGGACCUUUAUAUGAUCACACUGAAGAAAACAACCAAGGUUUUUAUUUACUUCUCAAUGGAUCUGCAUUCAAGGGGGGCGAGAAAGCAAGCAUCUCUCUUCCCCUCAACGAUGGGACAUCACAAGUUUGUGUUGGAUUCUGGUAUUACAUGUUGGGCCCUUCAGUGUCAGCCAUUGAUCUGCUGGUUAAGACAAAUUCCUCGGAGAUGCUGAUCUGGACUCGCAAAGGGAGCCAGAAUCCCGAAUGGAUCCAAGCACAAGUAACCAUCGACGUAAAGGAUGAAAUGACACGGGUGAUGUUCACCGGCCACAGAAGCAGUACCAGUGAGGGAUUCAUUGCACUUGAUGAUGUCACAGUGAGCAUCGGGGACUGCCGUGAAGACAGUCCGAUCUGCGGCUUUGAAUCCGGCUGGUGCGGCUUUGAGAGGGACGUCAGCCACCAGGGGCAUUGGGGACGAGAGAGAGGCACAAAGAACAACGUGGAUCACACGUUUGGUACAGAGAAUGGUUACUACAUGACCGUAACCAAGUCAAAUUCCACACAACAGUCAGUUGCUCAGCUACUGUCCCCUGACUUCAUCUCACCUUCGGAAAUGUGUGUUCGCUUCUGGUACCGGCUGCCUGUAGGUUCAGCCAACAAGCUAUCUGUUCAUGUGAGGAGCGAGGAAGUGGGUGGUGCCCUUUGGCAACAUUCUGGAGCCGUCUCCUCAGACUGGGAGGUGGCAGAGGUCACAGUUUUCUGGCCAACAAAGUUCAACGUGGUGUUUAGGGCAUCCCAUGAGCCAGGAUCAAAUUCCACAGUACAAAUAGACGAUUUCUCCGUAAGGAACGAGGCCUGCUCUCCUUCGGCAAACUGUGACUUUGACUCUGGACAAUGCAACUGGCUCAAUUUGCCGACCGAAAAUGGAUAUGACUGGGUGCUGGCCAGUACUGGCUUCCGCGGUCUACCUGUACGCCACACCACCUCAGAAGGUUGCUUUCUGUUGAGCACUUCACAGCACAGAAACAUCAGUGUGGCUCAGAUAGCAUCCGAGUGGAUCCAUCUCAAAGACCCCAACGCCUGCCUCACUCUCUCCUACCAUGUUGACAACAGCCUGGGGACCAUGCGUGUCCACGUCCGCUCCGUCCCAUCGGAGGAUGAGCUGAUAUUCCAAAGCAGCAGUGGACACACCUGGGACUUCUUUUCUCAAACGCUGGAGCAGAAAAAACCUUUCCAGUUGGUGAUCCAAGCCGAAACCAGCCAUGGAGGGUUUGUUGCCAUUGAUGAUAUCAGUCUAACACCCGGUCCAUGUCAAGCAAAUGAAACAAGUUCCGGUUUUGCCGGGUGCACGUUUGAAAAUGGCACGUGCGGCUGGAAGGACGUCAGCGUGGGUCAAGGUCAGUGGGAGAUCAUGGUGGGAGAGGACGCUCCAGUGAACACGGGACCAUCUGUUGACCACACACUCGGCACCGCGCUGGGUGGGUACGUGGCGUUGACCCCCAACAAAGGUGAGCACAUCAGUCCUGCCACCUUGCAGAGUCCUGUCAUGACACAAGCCAGCGCCACAUGCACGUUCCACUUCUACUACAACAUGUAUGGAGAAGACAUCCAAGCGUUGAAGGUGCUGCGGAGCGAGAGAUCACGGACCACCGUCCUGUGGUGGAGGUCGGGCGGAGGCGAUGACGUGUGGCAACGUGGUGAGGUUGCGGUCGCUAGACCCAGCCAGGACUUCACCAUCCUUCUCCAGGCGACCCGGGCCUUUAGCCAGCUGGGCCACGUUGCAGUUGACGACAUGGCCUUCACCACAUGCCCCCUGCCGGAGCCUCAACCUGUCUGUGCUGACGAUAAGUUUGCGUGCAAUAACAGCGUGUGCGUGGAGAAGAGCCGAGUGUGCGAUUUCACCGACGACUGCGGCGACCGGACGGACGAGCUCGACUGUGAGAAUCAAGGUGUGACGCAGCGCUGCAGCUUUGAACAAGGCCUGUGCUCUUGGGCUAGAAACCAGUUGGACGAAGGUGGCGAGAGAUGGAGGCGGCAAAAAGGACAGGACGCCUGGCCUGCCGGUCCUCCCCUGGACCACACCCUAAACAACGCUGCAGGUCACUACCUAACUCCCGGCACUCCUGGCAUAUCCGAGGUCCUCUCCAACACGUUGCUUCCCAGCUCUAAUUGCACGAUCAGAUUCUUCUACUACAGCCUGGGCGACGCCACAGGAAGACUCACGGCGCAAUCUCGGACGCUGCGUUCCGGUGGCGGUGACACCGUGUUGUGGCUCGCCGUGCACACGCCGAGCUACAGCUGGCAGAGGACCAGCGUCACCUUUUCCUCCUCUGUCAAGUGCAAGAUUGUCUUUAGGUACGAGGGCGGCAACGCUGGCGGAGGACACGUCGCACUGGACGACGUGUCUUUCUCCGAGGAGUGUGCGUUUGACCCCGCCAACGGCCGAUUGCCUGACACGUCACCCACCUCAGCCCCGACUACAUCUACAUCUACACCUACAUCUACAUCCGCCUCCACGCCUGCGAUGUCCCCCUCACCAACCAACCCAUGCCAGGAAGAUGAAUUUUUCUGUUGGCGCUCGUCUGGCCAAAUAUGCAUCGCUGCAACUUUAAAGUGCAACUACCUUCCGGACUGUUCCCAAGGGGAGGACGAGGAUGGCUGCGGUCCGUGCACGUUCGAGCGGGACCAGUGCGGCUGGACGAACGCCGGCCAAGCUCCGAGGAGGUGGCACCGACUGAGAGCCGGCGGCGGCACGCAGCCGCCAACUGAUCACACCACGCACUCAGGCUUUUUCAUGAGCGUCAACUCCAGUCAGGCGUCCGGGUUGAGCGAGGCCCGACUCCAGAGCCCCACCCUGCCGCCCUCGUCCCCCUACUGCCAGAUUCAGUUUCACUUCCACAUCAGCUCUGAGUGUGCUGGCUCGCUCAAAGUGCUGACGCAGCAGGAUGACGGAAGUGAAGCAAUCCUGUGGUCACGCAACCGCCGCACCGCUCGCCAUUGGACGCCCGAAUUUGUGCCCCUGUGGACGCACCUGCAGCCUCACAAGGUGUGGUUGAGUAGUUGGGGUCGAGCCUACCUGGGAGAAGCCGCCAGUGAGGCUUGUGUCGUUGCCGUGGACGACAUCUCUUUCCUCAACUGUGAGAACUUCUUCCAGCCACCAGCUCUCCCUGCCUUCAGGUGCACCUUUGAAGACAGCCUGUGUGAUUGGCUGCAGGGGGCCGACGAUGACCUGGACUGGACUAUAAGGUCGGGCCCGACUGACACACCGAACACCGGGCCAGCAGGGGACCACACUACGGGAACAGGAAACUAUCUCUACAUCGAGAGCUCCCAUCCGAGCGCAAAAGGUGAUGUUGCUCAGCUGAAGUCUGCAUUGCUGCCACCUGCUGGUGAACAAGGGUACUGUUUAACAUUCUGGUACCACAUGUUUGGAGCCACUGUGGGUUCUUUGAGGAUGUUCCUUCACACGGCCGUGAACAAAUCUCUGGUGUGGCAAAGAUCAGGGGACCAAGGGGACGAGUGGCGGGCGGCUCAAAGUCACGUGACCUUGCAGCGGGUCCACCAAGUGAUCGUGGAGGCCAGCGUGGGAGGAGAGGCGGGCGACAUCGCCGUCGAUGACGUCUCGCUUGUUCCUGGCACAUGCCCCACCUCUGAUGUCUGUGAUUUUGAGGAGGGAAGUUGUAACUGGCAGCAGGACAACAACGAUGACGCCGACUGGAUCGGGCAGUCGGGCUCCACCCCGAACCCCAACACGGGCCCCGACAGCGACCACACCACUAACACGCCAAUGGGCCACUACUACUACCUGCCCUCUUCCAACAAUGACAUCGCAGGCCAGACCGCCGCCAUGUCGUCACCGUUGUACCCGCCCACUGCGCGACAAGGAGCUUGCGUUAAGAUUUGGUACCAUAUGUACGGCAGAGGCGUUGGGACCUUCAACGUUUACCAGGAGAGCCAAGGUGGCGUUCGUGCUCUGAUUUUCUCCCAGAGCGGAGACCAGCUCCCGCUGUGGAGAUUGGCUGAGGCGUCACUCCUGCCUUCAGUUCAGCCAUACAAGCUCGUGGUGGAAGGUGUGAAGGGCGGCCCCACGCUGGAGGGCGAUAUGGCUUUUGAUGACGUCCACCUGAUAGACACCAACUGCCCCCCGCACGGCACCUGCGACUUUGAGAUGGACAUGUGCAGCUGGACCAACGUGAGGGGAUCAAUAGACCAAGGCGACUGGCUCCGAGGGAUGGGAGCCUCCCCGAACCCCAACACGGGACCUAGCGUGGAUCACACCACACACACGCCACACGGUUCCUACCUCUACGUGGACAGCUCAGUGGGUCAACGGGGCGACGCCUCGUUCAUUAUCAGUGAUGUGCUCCAACCGGCCACUAGGGGCCACUGUCUGGAAUUCUGGUACCACAUGUUUGGCCCUCAUGUCGGUACCCUGCGAGUUUACGUAAACGACAGAAAAACACAAGCCAGCGGCAACGAGGCGGGCGUUCAGACGUGGGUCGAGAUCGGAAACAAGGGAGACAAGUGGCUGAAGGCCAAUGUGUUUGUUGAGGCUGACGAGGCAUUCUGGUUUGCGUUCGCAUAUCACAGGAGUGAGGAGGCUGGCGGCGACGUUGCCCUUGAUGAUAUCAACAUCUUUCAUGGAUCCUGCGAUCCAGAACCCACCAUUGACCCUGUUGAUGAUUACACUGAUAUGUUGUCCAUCGGCCUGGCGGUGGGUCUGACUCUCCUUGCAGGGGUCGUCAUCGUCUUCUUCCUCAUCCGGCUGAACAGGGAGCGCUGUGCCAAAAGCCAGGCAGACGCUGCAAGUAACAACGUUCUGGAUCAGGACGCCGUGUUUGACCUCUAUGACUGCCAAAUAGAUGGCACACAACGAGGAAGCGUAUCCAACGUGUCUUUCUACAACAAUCUGUACGAACCGUCGACAAACGCAAGCAACACACGUGUUGACUCAUCGAGCGCCUAGCCCCUUUGUUUUAUUUGUUUAGCCGUUUUUAAGCACAAUUUUAAACAUGUGAAAUGAAAACCAGGCAGAAAAACAUUGAUAUAAUAUAAAAAAGUAAAAAAGUUAAAGUGAUUGUCACACACACACUAGGUGUGGCGAAAUUAUUCUCUGCAUUGGACCCAUCACCCUUGAUCACCCCCUGGGAAGUGAGGGGAGCAGUGAGCAGCAGCGGUGGCCGCGCCGGGGAAUCAUUUUUGGUGAUUUAACCCCCAAUUCCAACCCUUGAUGCUGAGUGCCUAGCAGGGAGUUAAUGGCUCCCAAAAUUCAGGCACUUUCUUCCUCUUAACGCUCUCCUAAUUCUGUAUCGGACUCUAUUUGAACCACAUGUAAACUACUGCAAUGUGGUAUGGUGUAUCACAGGCAUGUGCACACAUAGGGCCCUAUGGGUGCUUGAGCCCCUGUCCUUUUUUGCCUCGUCUUAAAAAGUGCCCUCUGCCUGUGUGUGUGGGGUUUUUUUUUCCUUUAAACAACAUUAAUAAAAUUCCUGUCAGGGAUGUAAAAAACAAAAAAACAGCGGUACAAAAACUCCACGUUUUCUUGUAAUACGGGGUUGUUUGAGCGUGCCGCUUUCGCCAGAGAGAGAGAGAGAGGGCGAGUGAGUGAGUAAGUGAGAGGAGAGAGAGCCAACUGCGCCCCUGAGAUGUGACGGUGGAGCAACUUGAACCUGUGAGUUAUGGUCUAGUCGCCGUCCACUUAUUCAGCAUCUAAUAUGGGUAAUAUUUCAGAAAAACGCUGUAUUAUUCUAUUAUUCAAUGUGUCAGCUUCUGUUUUUGCCGGACGUCGGAGCACGGCGCAUCAAUUGAGCACGGCACAUCAAUUCCGCACAGAGCAGAGCGGAUCGUGCGGGACAGGAAUAGUGUACAAAAUACAAAAUAAAACACCGGGUUAAUUUUCAAAAUAUAAUGCACUGUGUUUACGGCGGAUCACAUUUUUCUCACAGUAAAGUUUUAGAUAUAAAGUUUAUUGUGACUUUGCUAUUACUGUGUGGGUUAACAAAAUAAUAAUAAUAAUAAUAAUGAUAAUAAUAACAAUAAUAAGAAUAAUGAUAAUAAUAAUAAUAAUUAUUAUUAUUAUUAUUAUUAAUAAUAAUAAUAAUAAUAAUUUCAGCAUUCUGGGGAUAUAAGAUGUAGGUUAUCUGUUAGGAAUAUUACCAUCUGUGUUUAAACUUGAAUAAUGUUGAUUAUGCCUGCAGCAAAAUGCCAAAAAAAGAAAGGAUACAGCCCUGGUCCAUAUUUUUGGCCCUGUAUUGCGUUUCAGUUGUUUAGUCUGAGCAUUAAGUGAGAAAGACCAUAAGUUACAACUUGAUGGUGUUUUCAUCAAGUUAAGGGAAGAAGGACAGAUUUUCACAUUGAAGUUUUUUCCAUUUGGGUAUUUUUUUUUGUAUUUUUUUUUCAAAGUUCAUGUUGCACUGUUCAAUGUUCAAUAUUAAAGUGCUUAUCUUUAACAAUAAAUAGCCUAAUAAUAAACAAGUGUUUUGUUGCUUUUCAUGUCUUCCAAGCCUAUGAUAAUGUGAAUUAACUCAUUAUGACCAUAAUUUGUUGAGACAAAAGAAAUGGCAAUCACUUUUACCUACAAAGGACACACAGCUAAGUAGUUAGCUUCCUAUUAGCAAAUUUAAUUUUACAUUAAUUUCCAUAUUGUGUAAAGGACCAAAAAAAAAAUUCCUGCCCUUUUCUGACUUUGAGCCCCUGCCCCUCUAUAAUCAUGUGCACGUCCCUGGUGUAUCACGUACUAUAGGGUUGGAAGGGGUGGAAAGCUCAACCUGGUGGAUGUUGAAA